UACAACAACUACGAGACGUCAUACACAUCCUAUGCCGGCGGAGGCGGACGGGGAGGGGGGUUUAUUCCAGGCGAAGGAAGCCAAACCACGCCCGGUGGACGGAAGGACUUCUCAAGCGACUCAUUACGGCCUGUAACCAUCAAACAAAUUCUUGAGGCAGAGCCAAUGGGCGACGAAUUCAAUAUUGACGGGAGCAAAGUGACCCAAAUUACAUUCGUCGGCAAAAUCAUGAAUAUCUCAACACAAGUCACCAACGUCACCUACAAGCUCGACGACGGCACAGGCGGCAUAGAAGCGAAACUGUGGAUUGACGCCGACGCUGCAGAACAGAACCCGCUCAAGGCCAGACUAGUCGAAGGAUCCUACUGCCGCGUAUUCGGCAAGCUCAAGAGCUUCCAUGAUAAGAAACACGUUGGUGCGGCUAUCAUCCGCCCCGUGGAGGACUACAACGAGGUUUCAUAUCAUCUACUCGAGGCAACCGUCGUCCAUUUAUACUAUACUCGCGGACCCCUUGCCGGAGCAACAAGUGGAGGCCAGGUCACUGGAGGUGCACAGCAGCCGGAGCAGACCGCGGGAGGGUCAUACGGACCGCCGAAUCUGGCGCAGGCGAGCCCGACGGCAAGGAGGGUAUAUAAGUAUCUCAGCGAGUCGCCACAGACGAACGAGGGGUUACAUGCAAACGUCAUCGCGGCGAACCUUGGCGUCGACAUGGCUGUCGUUGCUCGGGCCGGUGAUGAGCUUUUGCAGCUUGGUGUCAUCUAUACUACUGUGGAUGACUUGACUUGGGCUGUGCUCGAACAAGAUUAG